CGGUAAAAGGAAAAAAGUAAAGAAGAAAGUGACAGUGGAUGAACAGAAGAAGAAGAAGAAAAGGGUUUUGUGUGUGUCGAAGUGGAUAGUUCCUUCCUUCAAUUAAUCUCCGAUCCGAAACCGAAUGGGGAUUCUGUACGCGCUGGUUGGUCGUGGAUCGGUGGUGCUGGCGGAGUUCAGCGGCACCACCACCAACGCCAGCGCAAUCGCGCGUCAGAUCCUUGAAAAAAUCCCCGGCAACAACGACACGCACGUUUCUUACUCUCAGGAUCGCUACAUCUUCCAUGUUAAACGCACCGAUGGACUCACCGUUCUCUGCAUGGCCGACGACACCGCCGGAAGGCGAAUUCCUUUUGCGUUUCUUGAGGAUAUUCAUCAGAAGUUCGUGCGGACUUACGGACGCGCCGUUCACUCCGCUCAGCCUUACGGGAUGAACGAGGAGUUCUCUAGGGUUUUGAGUCAGCAAAUGGAGUAUUACUCCAGUGAUCCUAACGCCGAUAGGAUCAAUCGUCUCAAAGGUGAAAUGUCUCAGGUACGGAAUGUCAUGAUAGAAAAUAUUGACAAAGUUUUAGAUAGAGGUGAUCGGUUGGAAUUGCUGGUCGAUAAAACUGCUAAUAUGCAAGGAAACACAUUUCGCUUCAGGAAACAAGCUCGUCGCUUCAGAAGCACUGUUUGGUGGAGAAAUGUCAAGCUUACGAUUGCACUUAUAGUCGUCCUACUAGUGAUAGUUUAUGUUGUAUUGGCAUUUGUUUGCCAUGGGCCUGCGCUACCAUCUUGUUUUUAAGUGAAGGAUUGGCAAGUGAAUUUUAUGUGUGCUUUCUUGUCUUCUUCAGCUUGCAGAGGUCACUUCUUUUUUAUCUGCCAUUGUUAUGCAGACUCCCAUUUCUUCAACUUAAUUUCUGGGUUGUCCACUUUUGUGCUAGUAAAUUUCUUGUAAUAGAUUCAAGUGUUUUGGGUUGUAUUUUUCAUUAUGAGACUUGAGGGGCAAAAAAAAAACUAUUGUAUCAUGUUAUUUAUUGUAUUCUCCUACCAGCCCAAAGAUUUGGAUUGAACCAGAAAAUGGCUGAGAUUUUGAUUGAUGUAUAGUGUUGCAGCGUGAGGUUGUCAACGUGUCAUGGAUGUUCUCUUGUUCAAGAGGGAGAAGGGUAAACCUUAAAUUCCAUUUGUCCCUUCAUAGCUUAGUGAAGGGAGAUUUUAUACUGCUCGGCCAGGUUCUCUUGUCCAGUUGAUGCAUGUGAACCGCAUAAGCUUAAUGUAUAUAUUCUUAAAUUUAUCUUUUUCUGUUUUAACCUUUUUUAUGCGUCAAGUGUUAACUGUGAAGUAUUAAGGUUCGUGACUUUGUUUUCUCUUCGGGUUGGUGAUUCUGAAAUGGUCCAAAGAAAAGUGAUUGUGAUGUGA